AUGGUCCAGGGAACAGGGGGUAGCUCAGGGGAGCACUCAGUUCGAGCAGCAAGCAAGCACACCCAGUGGCGCCUCCCAGGACACAGCCUGGGAGCUUUCAGUCUGCCGCCACCACAGUUUGGUGUGGGUUCCUCAGCCGAGCGGAACCAGAUGAGAGACCAGAGGCUCCAGUCGCAGUCGCAGCUGCAAAGGGUGACUGGACACCUCUGGGUGAGACAUGGGGCAAGCUUGAACAAGGUUGGUGGACGGAAUCUCCCAGACCUUGUCACAGAUAUGCCAGACUCGGGAAAGCUGAAGAUGUUGGACAUUGUUGGCUCUCCAUGGAUCCUGGACCCUAUGGGGGAUGUGUACUACUACUGGCUGGUCAUCUCCAGUGUCCCUGUUGUCUACAACUGGACCAUGCUGGUCAGCAGGUGCAGCUUCAGUGAACUCCGGUGCAGGUACCUGUCCACCUGGCUUGCUCUGGAUUACCUGUCCGACUUCAUCUACCUGCUCAAUGUGGCUGUCAGAUUUAACACAGGACACCUGGAGCAGGGGAUGCUGGUGACAGAGCGCCGGGCCAUUGCCCGCAGGUACGUCCGCACUGCGGCCUUCCGGCUGGACGCGGCCUCCCUGCUGCCCACCGACCUGCUGGCCGUGUGGCUGGGUCCCUGCUCGCCUGCGCUCCGCCUGAACCGUCUGUUGGGGCUGCCCCGGCUGCUGGAGCUGCUGGAGCGGGCGGAGACCCGCACCUCACACCCCAACGCCCUGCGGGUCGGCCGGGUGAUGGGACUGAUGGUGGUGGCCAUCCACUGGAACGCCUGUGCCUACUUUGCCCUCUCCUCCCACCUGGGCUUCGGCAUCGACGACUGGGUGUACCCCAACCUCUCGGAGCCUGCCGGCCCCCGCAUCUCCCACCAGUACCUCUACAGCUUCUACUUCGCCACCCUGAUCCUGACCACCAUCGGCAACACCCCCGUGCCCAGCAGGGAGGAGGAGUACCUCUUCGUGGUGGUGGACCUCAUCAUGGCCGUGCUGCUGUUCGCCAGCAUCGUGGGCAGCGUGGAGUCCAUCAUGACGGAGAUGGACAGGGCCAAGCGCGUCUCCUUCCCCGACCACCAGCAGAUGAAGGACUACCUGCGCAGGAAAGGGGUCAGUCCCAGCCUGUGCCAGCAGGUCACCCAGUGGUCCCAGCACUUGCAGCUCCACACCAAGCUGACCAAUGAGAGCCGGGUGCUGCGGCUGCUGCCCGACCGCCUGCGCGCCCAGGUGGCGGUCAACGUGCAUCUGCGGACGCUGAGCAAGGUGCAGCUGUUCCAGAGCUGCGAGGACAGGCUGCUGGAGCAGCUGGUGCUGAGGCUGCAGCUUCAGGUCUUCAGUCCGGGCGACUACGUGUGUCGCAAGGGGGACGUGGGCCGUGAGAUGUACUUCGUGCAGGAGGGGCGGCUGGCGGUGGUGAGCGACGACGGGCACUCGCAGUUCGCUGUGCUCGAGGACGGCAGCUACUUCGGGGAGAUCAGUAUCCUCAACAUCCCAGGGAGUAAGGCCGGGAACCGGCGGACGGCGAACAUCCGGAGCCUCGGAUAUUCUGACCUGUUUGUACUGGGGAAGGACGAGCUGACGGAGGUGCUGCUGGAGUUCCCCGAGGCCCGGACGGCCCUCGAAGGAAGGGGGCGGGAGAUGCUGAUGAAGAUGGGGCUUUUGGAGGAGGAUGCGGCCCAGCGGGAUGAGGGCCCGGAGGGACUGGCGAGCAAGGCCCAACGCCUGGAGACGGCGCUGGACUCGCUGCACACCGGGCUCGCUCGGCUGGUGGUGGAGCGCCAGUCCGGCCUCCGGAAGAUGAACCUACGCCUCAGUCGCCUGGAGCAGGAACUCAGUGGGUGGAUGGGGGAUGGUGGGCUGUCGGAGAGUAGAGGGGAGGGCCUGGCCCUGACGCAGGCCCCAUCCCAGAUGCAGAUCUGGGCCCAGGCCCAGGCCCCAUCCCAGACCAAGGCCCAGUCACAGCUGCAGGCCCAGGCUUAG